AUGGGUGCUAAUCUUUCGAAAGCGCUGGCGAAGAUCUUUGGGAACAGGGAGAUGAGGUUGUUGAUGUUGGGUCUUGAUGCAGCAGGAAAGACCACAAUUCUGUACAAGCUCAAGUUGAACCAAUCUGUCACCACAAUACCAACAGUUGGCUUCAAUGUGGAGACUGUAACAUACAAGAAUGUAAAGUUCAAUGUGUGGGACGUCGGUGGCCAGGACAAGAUUCGCCCUCUGUGGAGGCAUUACUAUACCGGCACCCAAGGACUCGUGUUCGUUGUUGAUAGCCAGGACAGGGAGCGGAUAGAUGAGGCGAAGCAGGAGCUGCAUCGAAUAUUGAGCGACCGAGAGAUGAAAGAGUGUUUGCUACUCGUGUUCGCCAACAAACAGGAUCUGCCAGGAGCGAUGUCCCCAGCGGAGGUGACAGAAAAGUUGGGUUUACACCGGAUGCGUGAUAGGUCGUGGUAUGUCCAUCCCAGUUGCGCGACUACUGGGGAGGGUCUGUUCGAGGGCCUUCAGUGGCUAUCACAGAAUGUCAAGAAGCGCCAGCCUUGA